AGCCAGGUAGUAGCAAAGUGAAUAAGUCUAGGUAGACAGCCUGGGCUUAUAUUGCAUCGCUAUUAGCGAAAGUAAUUAGUAAGGAAUGUCAACUCCAAGCAUCAGCAUCAUUAUGAAGAAAUUGUGUUUGCUCCUUUUGAUGGCCCAACUUGUGGCCUCAAGUAGAAAAUUAAAUGAAAUUCUGGAUCGUGACGAAUGGAUUAACAUAGCCAAGGAAUAUAUAUUAAAUCACAAGCCGUUAAAAGUAAAAACCUACGAACCGUACAAGCCGAGAGUUGUAAAUUAUACCAAACCAUUUGGUGGAGAUUUAUGGGAGACAACCACAGCAAAAGCAAUCUCCGAAUCAACAGCAUCACCGGAUCAGACAACUUAUUAUUCCACUGAAGAAAUAUCCACCACAACCAGCACUGAUUUUCUUACAGAAAUCUUCACUGAGAGUACGGCGACAUAUGAAGUUGAUUUUUCAACUACAGAAUCGGUUUUAAGAAGUUCAGGGCCGCCCGAAACAAGCACAAGUUUUUUGGAUUCCACUACAACAUCAUGGCUGGAAUUCACCAGUACUGAAUCUAAAACAAUUUAUGAAGAUUCUACAACGACAACGAGGCCCGAGUUAACCAGUACCGAAAUUUCAGAUUUUUCUACGGUGACAAAUCCAAGCAGUACUGAAAUUCCGACAUCGACAGCAGGUCCCGAGUUUUUCAGUACGAAAUUAUUAGAGUCUACUACGGAAACCGUUUCAAGUAGUACACCAUUUCCAGAAUCAACGACUAUCAUUGGAAAUUUCUUUUCAACAAGCAGUCUAGUUUUGCCGGAAUCAACUUCAGAGUCGUCAGAUAUCAGUACAGAAUCUCCGGAAACCACUUCAAUAUAUUCAGAUGAUCAGAUUGCAACUGAAUCAGUAGAAACCUCGACAGAAAAUCCGGAAACCUCUACAUCACUGCUCGAUAUAAUUGCCACUACUCCGGGAUUCGAAACUUCAACGUCAUACCUAGAUACAGCGAUUGAUAGUACAGAAGUGGAAACAUCGACUUCUUCAACCACUUCAGGAUUUUAUUUAACAACAACUGAGCUAAAUAAACCUCAAGAAAAAACCACAACUAUAAGAAAAUUAAAUCUCGUAGAGGAUGACGUAAGGCAAAGACCAAGAAAAAUGAAGUAUUCUUCAGACACAGAGCCUGAACUUUACUGGUACUAAUG